AUGCCUCGGCGUGUCAUUAAGACUAAGACCACGACGACAACUACCACCGUUCGUACCGUGUAUGAGAGCACGUCCCCUCCCGCGACGCAUCCGUCCAGCCCUCCCCCUUCAGCUCACACGACGGCGGCCUCUGCAUUACCCGCUCGAGAAUCCACUCACAGUGAAACUCCCUCGGUCUCAUCUCACGACGAUCGCGUGAGCCACGCAUCGCCCACACCGCCAGCAGUUUCGUCGCUUCUGAAUACAACUCGUGCCCCGGCGCCACAACUAGACAAUGCGCACGAUUGGAGGGCUGACUCUCCUCCCAUCAUAUACACACACGAAAAUGCUGUCUACAAUCAUCGCAACGUCUGCCAUCCAGAUAACAUUCCUCGGCGCCCGCCCCACGCUGAAAAAUCUUACGUUGUUUAUGCUGGACUGCAGACGGGUAUUUUCUACACAUGGCCUCAGGCUGAAGCCCGCGUCAAGCACGUGUCCAGCGCGAGACACAAGGGCUUUGCUGACCAUGCGGACGCGAAGGUUCUAGUUACUGGCAAGACGGCCUCGUUUAAGCAGCUGUUAUGGGAGAGGGAUCACGUAAAUGGUAGUUUUUUUCCAGUCAUGUAG